AUGAUUAAAAUGAAACGUCAAGAUCGAGGACAUCGAGUAGCUAAAAACAAAGACAAAAGAAAUAAUAGAUCAGAAGCAGAUCCAAAGAACUAUUUAAUGUUAACAGAGUUCAAAAAAUAUUUAGAUGAGACAAAAACAACCUUCAAUACAUUAAAAUUAUUAUUUCAAGAUAUCAAGACGAGCACAUCUUCCAAAGAAGUAAUAAAGUCACUUGAUAUUGAUGACAUAAAGAAUAAUAUCCUUGAGCUGGAAAACAAGAUCAAGGCUUUUAAGAUACAUCUACAGAAGGAAUUAACUGCAUUAAAAUCUGCUGAGCGACAAAUAAAUCAAAAGUUGAAUGAUCCAGUGACCAUAAAGUACUUGAAAAGAAAACCUAGAGUGCAAACUGCAAAAUACACUGAAAUAGUGCAAAGUCCUGUUAAAACAUUAAUGACGUCUCCGCUCAAAAGUACAGAGGUGCACGAGUUUCAAGAGUUCAUGAAAAAUAGUAGAAAUCGAUAUGGUGGAUGGGACGAAUAUCAUCAUAACAUUUUUGUCAACAUGUGGCAGAAACAUUUUAGCGCUGAAUUUCUUUACGAAAGUGUUUUAACAAUGGAAAAAACAUCAGAAUAUAAUUUAUUUCUACGUCACCUGCUGCCAAAAUUAAUAGGCGUAAGUGAAGCAGAAGUUACAUCACACAUCAACUGGUACAUCAAAUUUCUUCAUCUAAAAGACCACCAACAAAAAGCUAUUGACAAAUGGCGGUCAAAUAGAAGAAAGAUGAAGCCGUCGAAUAUGCAAAAAGAUAACUACUAUAAAAAUAAAAGUAUUAUGAAGAAAACACACACAGGUGUGUGCAAUGACAAUAUUGACAAAAGAGCUCAGGAUGAUUUAAUCCACCAAGAUGAUUUAAUGUUCGAAAAUGGAGAAAGUCGGUUUUCAGUAAGAUUUACUAGAAAAUGCGUUAGCGAUGAAAUGCAACAUGAAAGUAUGACAAACAAAGAAUUCGUAGAAAGUGAUGAAGUAACAAAGUUUCAUUUCCUAAAAACUACAAGACAAUGGAACAUUAGAUGUUGUAAUGAAAAUGUCAAGAGUGAAAAGGAAUUUACUAACAUCGAAAAUAUACAGAAACUGUGA